AUGUCUUCUGAUGAAACUGUUACACGUGAAUCUGGUGAAGGACCUGAGCUUUGUCUCGGGGGGAUAGCCAGAUUUACAAAUGUUGAUCAAGCUAGUGAAGGACCCAGCCUAAAAACUGGGGGGAUAACUAGCUCGGCAGUAACAGGCAAAGGCAUAAAACGUAAAUUAGAUGCUAAAUCAUACGAGACAAAAUAUGAUGCUAUUAUGGCAGUAGAGAGAGGUGGUAAAACAAAAAAGCAAAUUGCUUCAGAUUUUGGCAUUCCUAUGUCUACUUUAUCAACUUGGUUAAAAAAAAGUGAAGAAAUAAAGCAAAAAUAUCUUUCGGGAGAAAUGGGUUCACAAAGAAAAAAAUAUAGAACUGCUAAAUUUCCAGAGGUCGAAGAUGCUCUUUUAAAAUGGUUCAAAAAUGCUAGGGAUCAAAAUGUUGCUAUAUCAGGGGAGUUGAUGAGAGAAAAAGCUAAAUUCUUUGCUACAAGUUUAGGCAUUGCAGAAAAUGCAUUUGAAUGCUCUUCUGGUUGGUUAGAAAGAUUUAAAGGUCGUCACAAUAUUGCUUUCAAAAAAAUCUGUGGGGAGUCAAAAUCUGUUCAAGAAAAUUCAGAUGAAAUGAAUGAAUGGAAAAAUAAAUUGUCCAAUCUUCUUAAUGACUACUACCCUGAUCAAAUCUAUAAUGCAGAUGAAACUGGUUUAUUUUUUCGGUUAUUACCUGAUAAAACUCUAGAAUUUAAAGAUGUAAAAUGUAGUGGUGGCAAACAAAUCAAUUAA